AACAUCUCCAGUUUACAGUAUGCUAUAACGCAUGACUAUAAGAAGCUGUCCAUUCUUUAUCUUAUUUUUACUGCAGUUUUAAUGAAAAUACAUAAGGGAUAUGAACAUGGCACUUGCAGAAGAUAAGAAAGACAUUUUGGUGAUCUAUGAAGGAAAUGCUGAAGAAUGGGCUACAUAUAUGAAACAUGUGCUCACACAGAUUUUGGAAGAUGAAGGGAUUUUACUUUACAACAUAGAACUUGAAUCAGAUGAAGCAAUGGAAUAUCUCAGCCUUUCACAGUAUAAAUGUAAACUGCUAGUGCUGACAAAUUAUCUGCUAGAGAUCUUGAAUAGAAGACAGUGCACAGAUAUUUUGCAACUCCUGCAUCCCUCUAAUAGCGUUGUCAUCCUGCUCUGUGGUGUGGAAAACUUGGAUGGAUUUUGUGAGCUUGUUCCUAUAGACAGAGAUUUUCAUGUAAUAUUUACAGAUCAAGAGCCACAAGAUUACAUGUCAGUUGUAAACCUGGUUUUAAAUGAAGAUUUUCAGGAUACACAUGAGAGUUCUUCCAAGGAAUAUAGAAGUACCAAAAUAUAUAUUCUCCAGGGAAAUAUAUCAAUUGAAGAUGCAGAUUGGGAAGACAUAGAAGGUGCAGAAAACCCAACACCUAUAAUCAUGGGCUGCUAUUAUUGCCGUGUCAAUGAGAAGCUUUUUGGCUUCCUUAAUCGUAGGUACCCGGGGUCUAGACCAAUUGCUAAAAAGAAGCUUUCUAAGAUUCAGUAUUGCUAA